UAAGUGUACUGUUCCUUUGUGGCUGGACAAGAACUUCUAACUUUAGGCUGCUGAAGAUGUUGUUACUAUGGAAACAGAUGUUCCUGCUUUUCUUUGUUGGCUGCCUUGGAGAUCUUGAAAACUUGAAGACGAAAAUGAGAAGCACUGUGUCUGUACGAGAAGGACAAGGAGUUGUUCUGCUGUGUGGGCCACCAACUCAUUCUGAAGAACUUUCUUAUGCUUGGAUCUUCAAUGAAUACCCUUCAUUUGUGCAAGAAGACAGUCGGCGAUUUGUUUCUCAGGAAACUGGGCAUCUCUACAUAGCCAAAGUAGAACCAUCUGAUGUAGGAAAUUACACAUGUGUUGUGACCAGUACCAUAACAAACACCAAAAUUCUUGGCACGCCAACACCUUUAGUGCUGCGAACUGAUGGUAUAAUGGGGGAAUAUGAACCCAAAAUAGAAGUUCAGUUUCCUGAAACACUUCCUGCUGCUAAAGGCUCAACUGUAAAACUGGAAUGUUUUGCCCUUGGAAACCCAGUACCUCGGAUUAACUGGAGAAGAACUGAUGGGAUGCCAUUUCCAAGCAAAGUAAUGCUGAGGAAAUUCAAUGGCAUGAUUGAAAUCCCCAAUUUUCAACAAGAAGAUGCUGGUCUUUAUGAGUGCAUUACUGAAAACUCCAGAGGGAGAAAUGUUGCCAGGGGACGACUCACAUAUUAUGCAAAACCUCACUGGGUUCAACUGAUAAAGGAUUUUGAAGCUGCCGUGGAGGACAACUUAUAUUGGGAGUGCAGGGCAAGUGGCAAACCAAAGCCAUCCUACAGGUGGUUGAGAGAUGGAGAACCUCUAAUAUUAGAGGGAAGAAUACAAAUUGAAAAUGGGGCUUUGAUCAUAACAAACCUAAACUUGACAGAUUCUGGCAUAUACCAGUGUGUAGCAGAAAAUAAGCAUGGCACAAUAUAUUCCAGUGCUGAUCUCAGAGUUGUAGCUUCUGCUCCUGAUUUCUCUAAAAAUCCAAUGAAGAAACUGGUUCAGCUUCUAAUGGGCAGCACAGCUCAUUUUGAGUGCAAGCCAAAAGCUUCUCCUAAAGCAACGACUAUUUGGAAAAAGGGAGGUGAGCUGCUCCAAGAAAAUGAAAGAAUAUCAUUGUUAAAAGACGGAGGCCUCCGAAUAGCUAAUGUGAGUAAAUCAGAUGCUGGAAGUUAUACUUGCCUGGCAGAGAACCAGUUUGGAAAAGCUAGUAGCUCAACCAGCUUAUUAGUUACAGAGCCAACUCGGAUAACUCUGGCACCUUCAAAUAUGGAUGUUACUGUAGGGGAAAGUGUAAUCUUGCCCUGCCAAGUUCAGCAUGAUCCACUGCUGGACAUAAGUUUCACAUGGUACUUUAAUAGUGCAUUGACUGACUUCAGAAAAGAUGCAUCUCAUUUUGAGAGAGUAGGUGGGACUGCAUCAGGAGACUUAAUGAUUAGGAAUAUCCAGCUGAAACACAGUGGAAAAUAUGUGUGCAUGGUGAAGACAGAGGUUGAUAGUGUAUCAUCUGCUGCAGAUCUGAUAGUGCGAGGCUCACCUGGACCACCUGAACGUGUAAAAGUCGAUGAAAUAACAGCUACCACAGCUCGGCUGUCUUGGUAUGAGGGCUUAGAUAAUCACAGCCCAGUCACUGGUUAUACUAUACAAGCCAGGACACCAUUUUCAGUGGGUUGGCAGAGAGUCACAACAGUUCCUGAUAUCAUUGAUGGGAAAACCUUCACAGCUAUUACGGUAGACCUAAACCCAUGGGUUGAAUAUGAAUUUCGUGUAGUUGCCACUAACAAAAUUGGAGGUGGAGAACCUAGUUUACCCUCAGAAAAAGUAAGAACUGAAGAGGCAGUUCCCGAAGUACCACCAUCUGAAGUAAGUGGAGGUGGUGGCAGUAGGUCUGAAUUGGUCAUCACGUGGGAUCCUGUUCCUGAAGAAUUACAAAAUGGCGAAGGAUUUGGAUAUGUCGUUGCUUUCCGACCACUUGGCAUUACAAUCUGGAUACAGACAGUUGUUACAUCACCUGACACACCGAGAUACGUCUUUAGAAAUGAAAGCAUCUUGCCGUUUUCACCGUAUGAAGUCAAGGUUGGCGUAUAUAAUAAUAAAGGAGAAGGACCAUUUAGUCCAGUGGCCACAGUGUAUUCUGCUGAAGAGGAGCCUAGCAUAGCACCUUCUGGUGUAUCUGCAAGCAGCCUCUCAUCUUCUGUAAUUGAAGUCUCCUGGAUUUCCAUCCCCUGGAAAAUGAGUAGUGGGAGAUUGCUGGGCUAUGAGGUGAGAUACUGGAAUAAUGGUGGAAAAGAACAGUCCUCACACAGAGUAAAAGCCAUUGGAAAUGAGACGUCAGUAAGAAUAACAGGCUUGAUAAGCAACCUGGUGUACUACACAGCUGUUCGAGCAUACAACAGUGCGGGAGCAGGUCCUUUUAGUGCCACAGUCAAUGCUACCACCAAAAAAACACCGCCCAGCCAGCCUCCAGGAAACAUUGUGUGGAACGUCACAGACUCCAGGGUAGUGCUGAAUUGGGAGCAGGUGCAUGCAAUGGAAAAUGAGUCUGAAGUAAUUGGCUAUAAGGUUUUAUACCGGACUAACAGUCAGAAGCAUCUCAGUGUCCUGGUAACAAACAGAACAUCUGCAGAACUUCUGCUCCCUUUAAAUGAUGACUAUAUUAUAGAAGUGAAAGCAGCAACUGAUGGUGGAGAUGGCAUUAGCAGUGAGCAGAUUAAAGUUCCUAAACUAGCAAGUAUGGAUGCAAGAGGUUCUGGUGCAGCAAUCUUAAACAGUCUAUCCAGCUUUAUGCCAAUAGCACUGUUCUUUAUUUUCAAAGCAGUAUUGUGGUAA